AGCACCUAACUACAGACAUGUGGUAUUCAGUACUCACAGUGCUCAGCCUAGUGACCUCAUUGGCUAAUGCUGCUGACACCUGCCCAGAUGUAAAGAUUGUGGGAGUUGGAAACUCAGACAAGUUGACCAUCCUCAGAGGUUGUCCUGGAAUUCCAGGAUCUCCUGGACAAAAGGGAGAAGCUGGGUCACUAGGAGAGAAAGGGUUAAAGGGUCUUUCAGGAAAUCCAGGAAAAGCUGGACCAAUUGGGCAAAAAGGUGAGACUGGUUCUUCAGGAAGAACAGGAGAAAAAGGAGAAAAAGGAGAUGUUGGAAAAAUGGAGCCAUUGUACGCUGCGAGGAACUGUAAGGAGCUGUUGGAUCAGGGAGAGGUCCUAAGUGACUGGUACACAAUAUAUCCAGAUGGUGAGCGACCCCUGAAGGUGCUGUGUGAUAUGCACACCGAGGGAGGAGGCUGGAUUGUGUUUCAGAGGCGUUGGGACGGUUCUGUUGACUUCUUCCGUGACUGGAAAUCAUACAAGACAGGAUUCGGAAGCCGCCUGAAUGAGUUCUGGUUGGGAAAUGAGAAUAUUCACAAGAUAACAUCAUCAGGUACAUGGGAGCUGCGUAUAGAUCUACAGGACUUUGAGAACAAAAAUCACUUUGCUAAAUACGGAUCCUUCAAAAUCCUGGGAGAGUCUGAGAAAUACAAAUUACUGCUCGGAGACUUCAAGGGGGGCACUGCUGGGGAUUCCUUGUCGAGUCACAAGAACAAACCAUUUAGCACCAAGGACCAAGACAAUGAUUUGCAUCCAAACAGCUGUGCUGAAAUAUACAAGGGCGCUUGGUGGUACGGUGCCUGCCAUUCUUCAAACCUAAAUGCAUUGUACCAUCUGGGACAACACAGUAGUAAUGCAGAUGGCAUCAACUGGAGGACUGGAAAAGGGAUAAAUUACUCCUACAAAUGGUCUGAAAUGAAGAUUAGACCUGUUUAGAAGAAU